GACGCUAGCUGCCGACGCCGGGCUGGCUUGGCUUCGAGUGGCUGCUUCUACACGGCUUCUACACGAGCACUGACGCCACUCGCCUGAGACACAUGUACCUAUCGGUCCUCUUCGGCACGGGUCUAGCGUGCGCGACGGCGCAGGCGUUCUUCACCCUCCUAUUUGCGCGGCUGCUGCCGGACGGCAUCUGGCGGCGCGAGCCCGGCUUCUUGGCCCACCAGGCUGUCGGCCUCCCGCUGAUGCUCAUAGUCGCAGGGGUCGGGACGGUAGCCUGGUUCUUUCCAGACGAGGCGUCGCAAAAACUCGCCGCCACGCCGGAGGGCCGCGUUCACGGCGACUUUCCAACCUCAGAUUGGCUAGUGUCGCUGCUCCUGGGCGAGCUGCUGCUGUGGGACAUUCCGAUGUCGGCCUUCCCCUCGCUGCGGUCGGCUGCGUCCGUGGGGCACCACGUGAUGAUGGCUCUCGCGUGCGUGAUCGCUCUCCAGCCCUACCUGCUCUACUACGUGCCCUUCUUCGGCGGCGUGAUCGAGCUGUCGUCCAUCCCGCUGCAGGUGGUGGAUGUGCUGCACCCGAAGCACUUCGUCGAGUGGACGGAUAGGCCUCGGGUCGCGCAGCUCAACGCCGCCUGCCGCGUCGCCUUCGCGGCGCUCUUUCUGCUGACGAGGACGGCCCUCUUCCCGUUCGUCGUCUUUGGACAGGUCCUGCCCGACCUCUACCACGUCGCCUCUCGAGACCCGGACGAGCGAGUCGGCGCGGCGGUCGGCAGCGCCCUCGCCGUCGGCUUCCUGCUGCUGCAGCUCUACUGGUCGCGCCUUAUCCUCAGGCAGAUCCUCAAGAGAGGCGGAGAGGGCGGCAGCAAGGCCUCGAUCCGGAGUCGAGAGGAGGCGUCGAGUCCAGCGACAGCGUACUCCCAGCUGGACGACGUCAGAGGUCAUAGAGCAGUUGAGGCGUGA